UUUUUCUUCAACUUUGAGAGUCGAAAAGGCGUUCUGGCCUGUGUUUGUCUGGACAGUGGCGGUACGAACUGAGCUCACUUGAGGUACUACUAAUCACGACAGAUUCGCUCCCCGUGAGAGCUCAUCAACGUCAAGAUGCCAUCAUCUACCGACUCCCUCAGCCUGGCCGAAGUGGAAGAGUUCCUUGAGAGCACCUUGCAGCUUCGGCUCCCUAUGGACCGGCUGAAAGCAAACCGUGAGGGCUUCCUGCGUGACGUCAUCACCAACUGCUAUAGGCGGAUUCCCUUCCAGAGUGUGACUGCGAUAGCCACGCCCAAACCAGAUAGGCGCGCGUUGUCCUUCCCAGAGAUCAAAGUCAACAUGAUGACCCGACAGGGCGGCCUCUGCUGUGAGAUGAACCGCUUCAUAAAGCUGCUCUUGGAGACGCUGGGAUUCGAGAUUUACCACGUUUCAUGCACCGGUUUUGGAAAACCGAACAAUCAUAUGGCAAACGUGGUCAGAAACCUGAACCGACCGGGCGACCUUCAUCUGGUAGACAUAGCAACCGGGUAUCCCACGUUCGGACCCAUCCCUCUAAACUUUGAGAAGGAGUCGCCGAUGUACAAGGACAGUUUCCUGUUUUAUAAGUACGUGAAAGACGCAGAUGGCAGCCUCCGAUUGAUGAACAGAGUCUCCCCGGAUUUUAACGACUGCCCGCCGGAAAGCGUCGUCGACGAGUGGUACACGUUCAUCGAGUUCAACUUGGAGUUCCAGGAUUUCGAGUUUUUCGCGGACAGCAUAGAGAACGUCCAUACAGUGGAGAGCGGCCCGGAGGCCCUGGCGCCCUUUUUGGUCAGCUUGAGAGCGGUAGACUUUCGCAACGGGAGGCUCUUCGCCAUCAAGGAUACCACAAUCAUGGAGGAAGACGCCAGCGGUAGGGUGAACAAAAAGCGCAUAUCGUCCCCACAUGAGUUGCUGGAGGCGUACAAGGUCCACUUUCCACAGUUUCCCACAGAGACUGUACAGCAGGCUAUACGUAAUGUCCAACUCAAAUUUUAAAGCUUAGGCAUAAGUCUGUCAAUCGGGUCACCUCAUUGACAUGAGGUUUGCUGUAAAACAUGCAAAACUAUUAUUGUGGAGGGCGGCAAACACAGGAUUUGGUCAGAAGAGCAUGAUACAUUUUUGUAAUCCAGCAUUUUCCCCAGCAAAAUUGGCCAGCCCACGUAACGGUGAAAUUCAGUAAUGUAAUGUUCAAUCGCUUUUUCUUAGGUGUUAUAGUUUUUUCAUUUGAUUUUGACCAUUACAACUACAGCUAGUAGGAAACAUACUUAAACUUUCACAAUCGUUUUCUUACGGUGGCUCUCUACAAAAUGGAUAAAUAUAUUGUUUGACAAUUUGGUGUUGCAAGGGAGAUAUGGUGAGAAACGCAUAUCGUGACAGUCAAAAAAGUUAUGUAGCUGCCAAGGUUUCAAACAACAUUGGAAUUGCGCUCUACAAACAUAGUGUAAAUCAUGAAAUAAAUGUGCGAUUGGCCAGUUUUAAA